UACGAAGCAAGAAGAAGAAGAAGAAGAAGAAGAAAAAGAAGAAGAAACAAGGAAAAAAAGAGGAAAGGAUAAGCUUCCAAUGUACUUGCGUUCGCCUUUUAUGGUUAAUCAUGAAAAACUCUUCAACAAUGUAGAUCAUAAAAUGAUAGCUGAGUAUGCUUUUGCUCAAGGAGAUAACGCGGAACUUUUGUAUGCUGACAAAGCGGCAAUGGUGAUUAGGAGAGAUGAGAUGGAUAGUCUUUCAGGAUGUAGUCACAUGUUCAACAACAUUGCAGAUGCUUUUUCUUUCAUAUUAAAUUGUGAAAACAAAAGGCGUGGUGAAGACAAGAAGAGUAGAUUUUUUUCUCUACUAAAUGCUAUCUAAUUAUUUGCACUGAAAAAUACAUCAAAAAUACUGAAAGUUGGGAAGAUAGAAUAAAAAAGAUUUGUUUCAUCAAAUGAGAAAAGAAAUGACAAAUGCCAAAGUAACAACAUUUAACAACUUUCAAUUGGUUUUCUUUCCGGCUGUUUUAACGGAUCACUAUUAUUUGUUGCACUUCAACUUUAUGGAAGGUACUCUCGAUGUCAUUGAUAACAUGAUUCUUUCACCAAAUGUUUCGGUUGAAGACAAAUAUGGGGAUGAUUUUACAAAAAUGCACAUGGAAACCUAUGAAGGCCAAUGUCAAAAACAAUGGAAUUCAGGACUAGAGAAGGAUAAUUUUGAGCAAAUGAAAAGGUUACGAGUGGAGUAUUGUGGGAAUAUUAUAACAUCAGAAGUAAAUGAAGAACGGAAAAAAGUGUUGAAAAUGGCUAGAAAGUGGUCAAAGAUCAACAAAUUUUGAUAUUUGAUUGUGUAAAUCUCAAGUAUAUAUAAUAAUACUUUUUUUGUACAAAUAUAUGAUUAUGGAGAUGACUAUUUUGAACAU